AUGCAUGAGUUCACGUGUCUCUUCUUCCAUUUCCAUUCUUCUUCAAUUCUCUCAACAGCAGCAACUACAACUAACCGCCCUCUUCUUACUUCACCACUCCUUCACUCCCUUCUCCAUGGGCUGAACUUCAACCCUUUUCCUUCAAUGGAGUGGGACAGCAAUUCCGAUCUCAGCGCCGACGACGACGAUGACGUUUCCUUUAACCUCAACGACGACGAUGAGAACGGCGUCGGGCCCCUUCCUUUCCCCGUCCUCCAGACCGCUCCCUGCGGCUUCGUCGUCACCGAUGCGCUCGAGCCCGACCAUCCUAUUAUAUACGUCAACGCCGUUUUCGAGAUGGUCACUGGCUACCGCGCAGAAGAAGUGCUCGGUCGCAACUGGUUAGUGCCUCUGUAUAGAUUUCUCCUCCUUAGGUUUAGGUUUUUCGCUCUGCCUCCAAACCCUAGGAAACCGUGUUAUGUUGUGUAA